CGCGCGUGUUGGAGUGUCGUUGCUCCGCGCUUUGGCCGCGGUGUGUCUGUGCAGUGUCGUGUCAGGGUGUCGAAGUGGCGGGAUUCCUUGCCGCAGGACGGGGGGCACAUGCCCCCUUCCACCAGCACCACAUUGGUAAAAGUCAGUGUCUCGUGUCGAUAGGAUUUUGAAAAAUAGAUUUUUUACGUGUUCUUCCCACUGAACUUUGAAUGUGAUUAGCAGCUAUGCCGACGUACGGAGGACGUGGCGAGGCAGGCGGCGCGAUGGCUUGCGCCGGCUGCGAAAAGCCUAUCCUGGACAAGUUCCUCUUGCACGUGCUUGAGCGAGCAUGGCAUGCGGCGUGCGUGCGCUGCGCGGACUGCCGUGCUCCGCUUGCUGACAAAUGCUACUCAAGGGACAACAAGCUGUUCUGUAGGAAUGAUUUCUUUAGACGUUACGGAACAAAGUGCAGUGGCUGUGGGCACGGCAUCUCGCCUUCCGACUUGGUAAGAAAAGCCCGAGAGAAGGUGUUCCACCUCAACUGUUUCACCUGCCUCGUCUGCAGGAAGCAGCUGUCUACCGGCGAAGAACUAUACGUCUUAGACGACAACAAGUUUAUAUGCAAAGAGGAUUACUUAGCUGGGAAGGCGCCAACGCAUUCUGAUUCACUACUCGGUUCUGGUUCAGACGAAGAAGAAGAGGAAGAGUCGAGAGCAGCGAACAACUCAAGUAGUCCCGCGCAUGCGCCUCAUCCAGCGCUACACUCGGACCUAUCACAUAAUGGCGAUACGAAACCGCACGAGGAUUCAGAGGACCAGUUGUUCCUCUUCCAUUCUCAGGGAUCCUUGGAUGGAGAUCCUGAAACUCGGGACUCCCAGGCCGAGAACAAAUCUCCAGAUGACGGCAACGGUGGCUCCAAAAGAAGGGGACCCAGAACUACGAUAAAGGCGAAGCAGUUGGAAAUACUGAAGUCUGCUUUCUCACAAACACCGAAACCAACACGACAUAUACGGGAACAGCUGGCGAAAGAAACGGGACUACCUAUGAGGGUUAUACAAGUCUGGUUCCAGAACAAGCGGUCAAAAGAACGCCGUCUGAAACAGCUCACAUCAAUGGGCAGAGGGCCAUUCUUCGGAUCAUCCCGCAAGAUGCGAGGGUUCCCAAUGAACCUGUCGCCUGGAGGCCUGGAGGAGGGGCCGCCGGGGUUCCCAUACUUCGCGACAGCCGAUGGAAAGUUCGAGUUUGGCUAUGGCCCGCCGUUUCACCAUGAUGCGCCUUUCUUCCAUCCACCGCCGUCGAUGCCGUUCAAUCAGCCAGGUCGUUUCGCAGGUGGCAUGGAGACGCUGCAGGGCGGCGAGUUCCCCGAGCAAUUCCCUCCACCGGAUCACCUCGUUCUCCCGCGGCCUUCAUCCCCUGAGUUCACCUUUGGAGACGCCCCGCCACCCCUUCAUCCCGAGGGUCUGGUGUGGUAGCUGAAGCCGGAGCCGCGAGACUACCACGACUGAUGCGGCUCGACGGGUUUUUAAGUGGACAGAGUGAUUUUAUAACGAAGUGACGUUUAAAUGGCAAAAACGUAUGCGACAUACGGCCAAAAGUGUUUUAUAAUAAAUUUAUUUAAUUAUUUUUUUUCAUAAUCAAGAAUGGAACAAUUUUAUAAGAAAUGCUAAGGCUUACAAAUCAUACAGCCAACAUUAUUUAAUUAUUCUUUUAUUCGUGUAUAAUACGUUACACAGAUAAUGAAUUAAGAAAACCGGGCAUAACAAUGUGUCCGUUGUCCGGUUUUUUUUUUAUAAAUCGCUUGAUUAUGCUUUGUAACUUAGCUUGAAAUAUUUUUUUAAUUUUUCAAAUAUUAUGUAUUUUGAAGUUAUUUACGUUCAGUAGCCGAUCCUUAGCCACUAAUUAUAUUCCGAUAUUUAAACCAUUUUAUAUGAAAUUAACUUGUUAUUGUAUACUAUACAUAAAUGUGAAUAUUGUACAGAAAAGAUUUUAUAAUAUGAAUAUUACCUAUAUUAAGUUAAAUAAAAAAAUUAAUUUAUUUACAAUUAGCGUUCGAGUAUUAGACAUACUUUUUGGUUCCUAUUUUAAGAGUAGAUACACGUUUUAAUUUUUUUUUUUUUUUGUAUUUAUUAAUUAAUUUCUAAAAAAAUCGUUUUUAUAGCUAUGUACAUGAAUAGAUAAAUAAAUAUUAAAUGGGUAUGUAUAGACGGAUACAGUGGUUAAAUUGUCUAUGUAAAUAUAAUAUUUGUAUAUAAUAAUAUAUAGCUGGGAUUUCGUGUAUUAUAAUUUACAUUACAUACUUAUAGACUAAUAUGUGUAAUAAAUAGUAAUAUGCACUAAUUACAUUGAUUGUUUUACAUGAUAAAUUAAUAAUCAUAAAUAAAAAUAUCCUAUUAAUUUUAUUUUUUAUCGCAUCGGUUGCAACGUUUUUUUUUUUUAAUAAUUUAAUUAGUUUGCAAAUCUACAAAUGCUUAAUGUAAAAUUUGUAAUAUACCUAUCAUUGUCUAUUAUCGUAAAAUAUUUUUCGAAUGCAUUUCUGUAAUUAAGGGAACAUUGUGUGUAAAUGACGAACGACUCCAUAUUGUUUUUUGGUUCACGACUUUUUUAUCUGUAAUUGAAAUGUAGAUAACGAAAUGUACUUAAAUAAAAAGUCUAAUGAAAAUAUGACAUUUUCAAUUGUCAUAAAAUUGGAUACAAAUAGAAGAAUAGAUUUAGAAAAAUGUUAACACUACAUUGUUAACAGUAAACAAUUUUGAAAUGUAAGACAUAAAAUCAUGACCUAUUAUUAUUGUUUAGGUGUUAGUAUUAUUAGUUAACGAUAUUGCGUCUUUAUCUUUCGAAUGUCAAAUCAAUGAUGAGUGAAAGAGAUUGAUUAGGUGUUGAACUAAACUGUCGCUAAACAAUAUCUAUGACGCCGUAAGUGUUAUGUAAUGAUUUAACAAUAAAGACAUUUAGUUUGGUACUAAUUUCAUAACUAAUGUCGUUAAGGUUGAGAAUCGAAUCUGUAUAUCCUUAUUCGAUUCUCUUACAACUUGUAGCAAAUGAACUGUCAAAAACACUAUUUAAAUAGUUACGUACUUUAGUGUUUUUCUUAAAACCAAUUACGAACCACUAAAUAAAUAGCG